CAAGUCGCAGAGCUCAUAACCUAAACGCAGAGAUUCUUUUGUCGAACAAACCUUUUCAAGAUCUUCAACCAUGGCGGCGAGUAAGCAUUUUUACCUACGAUUUACGUAGUGCCGUGUUGUUGGUAGAUUCGAAAUUGAAGAUUGGGGAUCGAUUUCGAGAUUUCGCGAUUUCGAUUGUUGUUAGGGUUUCGUUGAUCGGAAGUGCCGUUGUUGGUGGUUUUGGGGAUCGAUUUCGCGAUUUCGAUUGUUGUUAGGGUUUCCUUGAUCCUAUAAGAGAAGCCUUAUCAUCCCUCGUGAUGAUACGGAGAACGAAGAUGAUAGUGGAUCUGGAUCUAAUGACGACUACGAUCUUGACGACUGUGCUUUUGAAGAAUAUCUUCACGACGACGCUUUGGAUAACAAUCUUGACAGCGCUUCUGAAGAUUAUCUUCACGAUGAUGGCGUUGAGAUGGGACGACCUGAUCAAACUCCUCCUUGUCAAGAAGCUUGCUGAUCAUGGCGGCGUUCAACAAGAUCAAACUCCUACUCAUGAAGAACCUGCACCUUCGAUGAGAUGACGACCCAUCAGUGAAGACAUGGAUAUGUUCCACUUAUUGCACACUCACCACCCCGGACUCAUGUCUAGCUUGUGUCUCCCAGAGGAUGAACGUCUUCCUUUUGAUCAGAAGAGUAAAGUAAUAGGUGAUAGGCUCGUAGCAAAGUUGGCGCUUCUUAGAGCUCAAGCUCAUUCUCAAGAAGCUGGUCAGGCUCUUGCUGAUCAUGGCGGCGCUCAAGAACUUGGUGGAGCAGAAGGAUCGUCUAAUGAAGGGUGUUUAAGAGAUGAGCAGAGAGAAAUGAUGAUACCUGCAACCGAGAACGCACUGAAUCAUCUACCCUCGCUCAAACAAUCCGGUACUGCUCGUGGUAAAGCGUAUGGUCUGUCAAAUGGUGUUAGACGUCUAAGGUCUCAUGCAUGCAAGCCUGUCUGUGCAAAGAAGGAUGCGUGUGGUGGCAAAGGAACUUUGGGAAAACUAAUCGACACUGAUAGUGGAGAGGAACCAUUCGAGCUAGUUGGUGCAACGAGUCGAACCUCUCUUGAGGAAGUCAAGAUGAAGAUCGCUGCCAUUUUGAAGGUGUAUAUGGAGACUAGAGACACAAAGGAGGCAUUUCGCUGCAUCCGGGAACUAGGCGUGUCGUUCUUUCAUCACGACGUGGUGAAGAUGGCUUUGAUUACUGGCGUAAAGAGUUACACAGCAGAGCCACUUGUGUUGAAUCUGCUGAAGGAAGCAGUUUCAGAAAACCUGAUAAGCUCUACUCAGAUGGUGAAGGGAUUCUCCAGCUUAAGGGAAAGCCUCGACGAUCUCGCUCUUGACAUUCCUUCAGCUGAAGCAAAAUUUGGUUUGCUUGUGGGAAAGCUGUCUCAGGCGGUUGGCUUGAUGAAAAAUUAAGCGGUUCACGAAAGAGGGUGGUGACCAUCAUUCAUGAGUAAUUCAGUUCCGAUGAUAUACCACGAGGUAGUGAUACAAACCUGAAUAGGUCGUCCCAUCUCAACGCCAUCAUCGUGAAGAUAAUCUUCAGAAGCGCUGUCAAGAUCGUUAUCCAAAGCGUCGUCGUGAAGAUAUUCUUCAAAAGCACCGUUGUCAAGAUCGUAGUCGUCAUCAGAUCCAGAUCCACUAUCAUCUUCGUUCUCCGUAUCAUCACGAGGGAUGAUAAGGCUUCUCUUCUUACCUACAUAGGAUCAAGGAAACCCUAAUAACACAGAGAUUGAAAUCUCGAAAUCCUUUUACACAGAGAUCAAAGAAACACUAACAACGAUGCGAAAUCGCGAAAUCGAUCCCCAAAACCACCAACAACCUGAAUAGAAUUGUACAAAUUUCUUUGUAGACGUUUUCUGCUUUAGAUUCUUCUAAUGUUUGACUUGCUUCAUAAAGUUAGUCUUGAAUCCUGAUCUACUGUUUGAGGAUUUCAAUAUUGGCGCUGCUAAAAGCUGUGUUUGUUGCUUUUUUGACUUGAAGAAUAUAGCUUACGGCAUGAAUAAAGAAAUGUGAUUACUCUCAAAAGUG